AGCUGAAAUGUCAAUCUCCGCCGCCAUCCACCGAACUCUCUUCAAAGAGAAGGACGGCGGCGGCGGUGGAGCUCUCUCCUCCCCGCUUCCUCAGCUUCUUAAUUUGGCAAUCGCUCCAAUCAACCCUCAUACUCUUCCUCUCCAAAACCCUUCUUCUUUCCCCCUUUACUAAAUACCCAUUUCCCCCCAUUUUUCUAUCCCUACUCUACUUCCUUGGCUUCCAUUUGUCUCUCUUCGUAUUCUCCGUCUCCCUCUUUUCUUCUCCGCAUCCUCUGCAGUUCGCCACCCCUCUCGAAAUCUCGCUUUCGUUUAUUCGCCUAAUUUUUGUUUCCGGAGGCGAGCAGAGCUUGCUGAGGACCAGGGUCAGAGUGUCGUUGAGCUUCGUUCUGUUUGUGUGCCUCUGUGCUGUGGCCGGCGCGGUUUCGGCGAUUUCUGUUUGCUGGGGUUGUGAUGCUUAUUAUGAUGCUGAUUCGGGUUAGAUUAGGGUUGGUGUUUUGGGGUUUAGGGGUUUCGUAGUCGGAUUGAUUUAUGGCUUGCAUUAUGUGUAUAAGCAACGGUGUGUUUUCAGGUUUCCGAUAAUUCAGUGCCCUCCGUUCUUCAGCUACAAAAUGGGGCUUCCCUUGUCUAUUAGAAGGGCUUUAAGGUUUUCAGCUGUUGGCUUUGCACUAUCUGGGAUACUAUCUUUUUUUUUUGCCUAAUGAGUACAAGAGUCAAGGUUCAGUUGGAAAGUUCGUUGUCGAGCAGGUUCUACAUACCAAGAGAUUUGUAUUUGCGCCCCCAAAAGGAUCAGCAGCAGCAGAAACAAAUCCAAGUGAACCGCUCCUGGCCACAAUUGAAGAAAGCACCCCUAAUUCACUUUUGCAGUAUCUUGCUUAUCUUGAUCUCUGCAUGGUGUGUGAGAAUAGUGUUGAUUCAUGCCUUCUUUGAGGAGACUGGUGAGACUUAUAGAAGAGUUGUAGCUGCUUGCCUACGGCCUCUGGAACACUUCACCCAGAAACUAGCUGAAGGUCUAGAGUGCUCUUCAGCUGAUAAGUCGAUGCAACUAUCUGACCAGUUAACUUCACCAACGGAACGGCUUGCUGUUCUGAAACUCAAUGUCUCAUUUUUUGAUGCACAGAGUGAACUGUGAAGAGAGCAUUUGUUUCAACAUGUUAUAAGAAAGGCAUGAUUAUUGCAUGUUGCACUCACUUACUGUCAACUCUGGCAGAAGGGAGUCAACAGCAGGUGCAAUGGGGGAAAUAAGAGGGAGCCCUCUGUAUGCAGAAGCUUAUUCAAUGGCUGAUCUCCUGAAAACUUCAAUUUACUGCAUUGCAUCUGCUUUUCAGAAUGAGAUGCUGAGCUGUGGGAAAGCAGGGCUUCUUGAGAAGGAAUGGAUCAUUAGCAGUAAACCGCUUUAUGGAACUCAAGAGCUCCUCCUACACAAAUUGAGACUUUUCUUGGACCACCAGGCAAACUAGUGCCUCAACUGCGCGAGCUCUGAAACAUGUUUUGCUGCCGAGACAAAUUCUUGAGAGGCAACAGUGUGGGGGGUUUUCUUCCCCUUAAACGAGGAGUAUGUGGCUGACCUGUGCAUUUUUUGAUUGCGAACUGUAUCACUAGAGAAGUAAUCACCUGUAGAGGAAUCAUGAUGCCCAAGUGUGUGUUGAAUAUUUUCUGCACUGUAAAAUAUCAUGUUAAAUUGGAAGAGAGAAGUUUUUUCUAAAAAAUUUUCUUGUUUUUCA